AUGUGGCACAUAGCAUGUGGUAUUAUGUGGCACAUGGCAUGUGGCAUUAUGUGGCACAUAGCAUGUGGCAUUAUGUGGCACAUAGCAUGUGGUAUUAUGUGGCACAUGGCAUGUGGCAUUAUGUGGCACAUAGCAUGUGUGUUGCCAUAUCAUGUGCCUCUCAUCUGGUAUCAGUGUUACCUAGCAGGUGCUCUCAUUGGUAUCAGUGUUGCAAUCAGUGCCUCUCAUCUGCAUGUGCCUCUCAUCUGGUUUUCAGUGUUUCAAAAUGUGAUCUCACCUGGUAUCAGUGUUGCCAUAGCAUGUGCCCCACAUCUGGUACCCGUGUUACAUUGCAUGUGCCUCUCAUCUGGUAUCAGUGUUACCAUGCAGAGUCCUUCAUCUGGUAUCAGUGUUACCAUAUCAUGUGAAUCUCAUCUGGUAUCGUGUGUUACCAUGCAUGUGCCUCUCAUCUGGAUGGAAACUCGUUCCAGAAAAUGGCUCAGGCUCCCUGAUGCAGUUAAGGUCAUCUUUGUUGUGUUUAUCGUCUUGACUAUUUACGGCAUCAGCAACAAUAAAAGCCCACUCAAAAUAUUAAGCAUCCACAGUAGAGAAGACAGAGCAAGUGUGGCCCAGCAGCGAACAUUGACUGAGAAGACGUUCCAAGGUCUCGACCAGGAUGAUCCAGCACUGGUCACUUACAUCAAACAUCUCAUUAAUUCACCCACAAAUAAACCCUAUAAUCUUUCAGAGCCUCAAAAAAUACAUUUCUCCCAGUUCGGUCAAUCUUCUUACGCCGAUACAAGCAUUUUAAAUGGCAUGAAGGAUGGAUUCUUCGUGGAGGUUGGCGCCGUUGACGGAGAAUACUUAAGUAACUCGUUGUACUUCGAGAGAAAUCGGGGCUGGACGGGCCUUCUGAUAGAAGCUUUUCCAGAAACCUACAAACAACUUUUAAGUAAACAAAGAAAGGCUUACUCAAUAAACGCAGCACUUGCCUUGAACAACGUUUCCUCUGGAGUUAUCUUUACACCGAGUGGGCCUAAAGGAGUUUUAGGGCAAAUUGGUAACUCCACUUCAGCUAUAAAAGUGAAAGCUUUCCCACUGUACUCCAUUCUUCUGGCACUUAAUGUGACGGUAGUUGACUUUUUCUCUCUCGACAUUGAAGGUGUUGAGAUGAAGGUAUUAAGAACAAUUCCUUGGGACAAGAUCAAAUUCCGUCUCAUGUGUGUGGAGAUCAACCAUAUUCCAGAAGGUGCAAAUGUUCUUAUAGAAUAUAUGAAACUUCAGGGUUACAAGUUCCUUGGUAUCAGAGAUAUUGACGCCUGGUUCGGCUGGCCAGACCUUUUAAAACAAACCAUGAAGAACAUCUAAACCGUUUUUGUUUUAUCGUUGUUACAUUCACACAUUUUUUCAACUGCAAAGAUGCUUCAUGUUAUUUAUUUGGCGUGAAAUUUCCUUUUGACUGCUAUUAUUUUUUGAUUCGCGGGUACCCUCCCUGCCCGGGUCUUUUCUAGAUGGUGACCCGGCCUUGGCUCCCUGUCUUGGGAGUGUCUGAGACCUAUGCCUCCCAUAGGAGGAUGUAUAAGUACCUCCUCAUCUUCGGGACCAACUGUCCCCAGGCCUAGCCACAGUCCUCGCCCUCACGGGGCUCGUAGGGAGAAGUUAGGCCUCUGGUCUGCCAUCUUCCCCGUCCCAAGAGUGCUCGUGGGAAUGGCAGUGAUAGCAAGCUCUGGCUCUGGCACCAUCCCGGCCCUAAGAGGGCUCGUGGCAGUACUUUUUGAUUGCUAGCUGUGUGGGAAAUGUAUUUCAUAACUGAGUUUCAGUGUACAAAAUAUACAAACUGUAUGUCUGCAUAUUAUGUAAAAUAACUAUCCUUGACUUAACGGCAGGAAAUACAUACAAUCUUGAAAUAUUUGGUUAAUCUUCAUAACGAGUAUUACAUUAAAUAACAUUAUUGUAUUUUUCAUCUACGUUUAACAUUAUGGAACUUAAUAUGACAGAAAUAUUAAACUUUAUCCAAAUACUGAUAAUAAUUAUUCUCAUUUAGACGCCAUUAACUUAUUGGAAGUUAAAAUUAGGAUGCAGAUAUAUAACGACUAAUGGUGAAGCCUAUUCCACUCUCCUCCCCGGAUCUUAUACACUUUUUCUCCUUCUUUUAUAUUUAUCUAUAGAUGAAAAAGAUAUAAUUUAACUGUAGCCCGAUUUUUCAUAAUAUAUUUUCACUGAAUUAGUUUUACAGCAGAACAAAAAUUUUAGUAAAUAUUGUCACAUUAAAUUAAGUUAUUUUCAUUUUUGCCUCAAUAUAAACACUAUAUAAAUAACAAGUCCUCUCCGAGGCUAUAUAAACACUAUAUAAAUAACAAGUCCUCUCCGAGGCUAUAUAAACACUAUAUAAAUAACAAGUCCUCUCCGAGGCUAUAUAAACACUAUAUAAAUAACAAGUCCUCUCCGAGGCUAUAUAAACACUAUAUAAAUAACAAGUCCUCUCCGAGGCUAUAUAAACACUAUAUAAAUAACAAUACCUCUCCAGGGCUAUAUAAACACUAUAUACAUAAUACCUCACCUAGGCUAUAUAAACACUAUAUACAUAAUACCUCACCUAGGCUAUAUAAACACUAUAUACAUAAGAACAUAAGAACAUAAGAAAGGAGGAACACUGCAGGAGGCCUGUUGGCCCAUACUAGGCAGGUCCUUUACAAUUCAUCCCACUAACAAAACAUUUGCCGAACCCAGUUUUCAAUGCUGCCCAAGAAAUAAGCUCUGAUGUGAAAGUCCCACUCAAAUCCAACCCCUCCCACUCAUGUACUUAUCCAACCUAAAUUUGAAACUACCCAAAGUCCCAGCCUCAAUAACCCAACUAGGUAGACUGUUCCACUCAUCAACUACCCUAUUUCCAAACCAAUACUUUCCUAUGUCCUUCCUAAAUCUAAACUUAUCUAAUUUAACUCCAUUACUGCGGGUUCUCUCUUGGAGAGACAUCCUCAAGACCUUAUUAAAAUCCCCUUUAUUAAUACCUAUCUUCUAGGUAGUAGGUUGGUAGACAGCAACCACCCAGGGAGGUACUACCGUCCUGCCAAGUGAGUGUAAAACGAAAGCCUGUGAUUGUUUUACAUGAUGGUAGGAUUGCUGGUGUCUAUUUUUCUGUCUCAUAAACAUGAAAGGUUUCAGGUACGUCUUGCUACUUAUACUUACACUUAGGUCACACUACACAUACAUGUACAAGCAUAUAUAUAUACACACCCCUCAGGGUUUUCUUCUAUUUUCUUACUAGUUCUUGUUCUUGUUUAUCUCCUCUUAUCUCCAUGGGGAAGUGGAACAGAAUUCUUCCUCCGUAAGCUAUGCGUGUUGUAAGAGGCGACUAAAAUGCCAGGAGCAAGGGGCUAGUAACCCCUUCUCCUGUAUAAAUUACUAAAUUUAAAAAGGGAAACUUUCGUUUUUCUUUUUGGGCCACCCUGCCUUGGUGGGAUACGGCCGAUUUGUUGAAAAAAAAAAAUCUUCCACUUAUACACUUCGAUCAGGUCUCCCCUCAUUCUUCGUCUAACAAGUGAAUGUAACUUAAGAGUCUUCAAUCUUUCUUCAUAAGGAAGAUUUCUAAUGCUAUGUAUUAAUUUAGUCAUCCUACACUGAAUGUUUUCUAACGAAAUUAUGUCCAUUCUGUAAUAUGGAGACCAGAAUUGAGCUGCAUAAUCUAGGUGAGGCCUUACUAAUGAUGUAUAAAGCUGCAGUAUGACCUCUGGACUUCUGUUGCUUACACUUCUUGAUAUAAAUCCCAGUAAUCUAUUUGCCUUAUUACGUACGCUUAGGCAUUGCUGUCUUGGUUUAAGGUUGCCGCUCACCAUAACCCCCAAGUCCUUUUCGCAAUCUGUAUGGCUAAGUUCUACAUCAUUUAACUUAUAAGUACUAGGGUUAUGGGCACUCCCAAGCUUCAGAACCUUGCAUUUAUCUACAUUGAACUGCAUCUGCCACUUUUCUGACCAAGAAUAGAGUUUGUUUAAAUCCUCCUGAAGUUCCAUAACAUCUACGUUUGAAUCAAUUACCCUACCUAUCUUUGUGUCAUCGGCGAAUUUGCUCAUAUCACUAGUAAUUCCUUCAUCAAGAUCACUGAUAUAUAUUAUAAACAACAACGGGCCCAAGACUGAUCCCUGUGGAACGCCACUUGUUACAGAUCCCCACUCGGAUUUAACCCCAUUUAUAGACACUCUCUGCUUCCUGUCAGUGAGCCAUGACUCGAUCCACGAGAGCACUUUUCCCCCAAUGCCAUGAGCUGCCACUUUCUUUAACAGUCUAUGGUGCGGAACUCUAUCAAAAGCCUUACUAAAAUCUAAGUAAAUAAUAUCAAAUUCUUUAUUGUGGUCAACAGCCUCAAAAGCUUUACUGAAGAAAGUUAAUAAAUUAGUUAGACAAGACCGGCCUCUUGUGAAUCCAUGCUGAGUAUCAUUAAUCAAGCUAUGCUUAUCGAGAUGGCUUCUUAUAAUCUCAGCUAUAAUUGACUCUAGUAAUUUGCCUACAAUUGAGGUCAGGCUUAUUGGGCGGAAAUUUGAGGUAACGAUUUGUCCCAAGUUUUAAAAAUAGGAAUUACAUUAGCCAUCUUCCACAUAUCAGACACUACACCUGUUUGAAGAGAUAAAUUAAAAAUAUUAGUUAAUGGUUCACAGAGUUCCAUUUUGCAUUCCUUAAGAACCCUUGAAAAAACCUCAUCAGGACCCGGCGACUUAUUUUGCUUCAGUCUGUCUAUCUGCUUCACAACCAUUUCACUAGUGACUGUGAUGUUACAUAAUUUAUCUUCUUCUAGCCCACUAUAAAAAUUAAUUACUGGAAUAUUGUUAGUGUCUUCCUGUGUAAAAACUGAGAGAAAAUAAUUAUUUAAAAUCGAGCACAUUUCAUUCUCUUUGUCAGUAAGGUGCCCAUAGUUAUUUUUAAGGGGACCUAUCUUAUCUCUAACUUUUGUUCUAUAGACCUGGAAAAAA